AUGGAUUCACAGAUAGUCCUCUCUCAUGGGAGUGCAUGGGAUGCACAGCAGUCGUCCGCGUCGCAUGCUGCAAGCAGCGAUGACGUCAGUGCAAAUGCAGCAUCGCUACCAGCUGUUGUGGCAGCUUUUAUACCAUCAUUCGUCACGGCAGUCUUGUUCAUGGUGAUCUUCGUUGUGAUCCGAAAGCCGUUUCGAAGAAUCUACUCUCCUCGGACGUACAUUGAUCUGGUUCCCGAAAAACACCGAACUCCGUCCGCCAGUACUUCGCAUAUCGACUGGAUCAGAGCCUUAGCCAAGCUAGACGACAAAUUCAUCCUGGAGCACUCUUCCCUGGAUGGCUAUCUAUUUUUACGGUUUAUGAGGACACUGAUCUUCAUCUGUUUCGUGGGGUCAUGCAUAACCUGGCCAAUCCUGUUUCCGGUGAAUGCCACUGGCGGCGGGCGAGCUUCUCAGCUGGAUAAGCUCGGCUUCGGGAACGUUAGUGAUCAAUCGAGACUAUGGGCUCAUGUCAUUGUUGCCUGGGUUGUCUAUGCCUUUGUUAUGUUCCUCGUUGCUCGGGAAAGGCUAUGGCUGGUCGGACUGCGGCAAGCAUGGGAACUAUCGAAAGCCAAUGCCUCGAGGCUUUCCUCGCGUACCGUGCUGUACCUUGACCCACCAAAGGUUGCCCCCCUGGACGGUGACCUGCACCUCAACUAUGGCCAAGAGGCACGAAGACAAUGGGUCAUAACGGACACAGGAAAGCUGAACGUUCUUGUCAGCACCCGAGACUCGACAGCUAACAAGCUUGAGUCCACAGAGGUCUCAUACUUGAGAAAGGUGAAUAGAAAAAGGGCUAGAAUGGCCAAGAAGCAAGGUUCCGAUGCUAUCCUUUCCGAGGACGCCAUUACAGAGCUCCGUCCAAUCCACAAAGACUACUACGUUUUUGGCAAAAGAACUGAUGCAAUUGAUCAUCUACGCCAUGGGUUGCAAGAGGCUGCUAGGAAAGUCGAAGAAAACCGACAGUCCUGCACAGCAGAUAUUCAUCAUAACCGCAGUGCAGUCUUUGUUGAGUAUGAGUCUCAAGCAGCAGCUCAGCGAGCAUACAAGGGAAACACCACCUCACACAUAAUGAAGCCACCGAACAUCUCCAUACCAUCCAGGCUCAUCGGCGUUCCUCCCAAGGAGGUCAUCUGGAAUAAUCUCGCCAUCCCACAUGCGAUUCGAAUAUCCCGAAAGUCCGCAGCGAAUGUGAUCAUCGCGCUUCUCAUAUUCUUCUGGUCCUUUAUAUCAGCCUUCGUUGGAUCGAUCUCGAAUGUCAAUUACCUGAGUGACAACUUUGAAUGGUUGCGUUGGAUACAAAACCUGCCCGAUCCUAUUCUCGGCCUAAUGACGGGCUUGUUGCCACCAUUGAUCACAAGUUUGCUUUCCUCUUACGUACCAAUAUUCAUGAGAUACAUCGCCAAAAAGUCCGGAGAGCCGACAACCGUAACUGCUGAAUUACAAGUCCAGAACUGGUACUUUCUGUUCCAAGUCAUUCAGAUCUUCCUGGUUACGGCGCUCUCCUCUUCCGCCACUGCAUUUAUCCCUGAAAUCAUUUCGCAGCCUCACCAGAUUCCGUUGACUUUGGCUAAAAACUUGCCGAAGUCUUCGAAAUUCUACUUGACGUACUUCAUCUUGCAAGGUUUGGGCUCGUCAGCGAAGAAUGUUCUUAACUACUCCGAUCUUUUCCAAUAUUAUUUUUUCGACAGGACUGUGAACAACACACCCAGAAAGAAGUACAGCCAGUAUACCAGUCUCAAAGGUAUCAGUUGGGGCAAGGUGUAUCCAAAGUUCACCAAUUUCGUCAUUAUCGCUCUGGCAUAUGCAUGCAUAUCGCCCCUCGUCCUAGGGCUGGCUUGUGUCGGCCUCACACUUUUCUAUGCCAGUUAUCGUCACAACUUAUUUUUCGUCAUACAGCCCAAGCUGGAGACCAAGGGAAGGUGCUAUACUCGCUCAUUGUCACAGAUAUUAACCGGUGUGUAUGUGGGAGAGCUGGCACUGAUCGGAUUGAUGGGUCUCCGCAAAGCAACUGGACCGUCGAUUCUGAUGGGCGUGCUUUUUAUCGGCACCAUUAUCUACAAUCAUGUUAUGAAUCGGUAUCUGAAUCCACUGGAGGACCGCCUCCCUGCCAGACUACUCUCUGAGGGGAACGACGAGGCCGAGCCGCUCCUGGCGGCGGAGGAGGGGGAGGCUAGCUUGGACGAGGCUCGUGAGCGAUCACGUUUACAGCAGAUAGGGAGAGGCGCACACAUCCCGCAGCAGCUUCUUGAUCCAUUCGCCCGAUUCUUCGAGCCGCACAUUUACACUUCGCACAAUAUUAUGAGGGGCUACCUCAAAUAUUCGGACUUGGACGAGCCUAAGUAUAAAGAUGAGGACCUGGAAACGGCCUAUGCAAACCCGAGCCUUACUUCUAAGACGCCAAAGAUAUGGCUUCCAUCCGACGACGCAGGGCUGAGCAAGAAGGAGAUCCAGGCCAACUCGGAGGCUGAUAUUGCAACAACAGACUAUGGAGCGUGGCUUGAUGAGAAAGGGAGAGUAAGAUUUGAUGAGGAGAAUCUUAGACAACUCCCAGUAUGGAAAGAUGCUGUGCCAUACUAG